AUGUCCGCACAAGUGGCGGCGCCGGUACCGGCCGCGGAGAAGGCUACGAUGGCGGCGUGGCCGUACGUGGAGUACAUGGCACGGUGGGAGCGGCAAGUAGAGCGGCGGCAGCUGUUCCUCCGGAGCUACCACUUCUCGCGCGACGCCGACCACCACCUCUCGCCGCGCGCGCGCACGCGCCGCGUGAUCUGGGCCGGGGCGCGCCGCCUGCGCCGGGCUGCUGCCACGGGGCUCCGCCGCCUCCGCGCGCGCAUCCGCCUCUGCUUCGGCUGGGCAGCACCGGCCCUCCGCCGCCGCUCCUCCUCCUCCUGUCGCCGGGCCGGCCACAGGUUCUGCUACGGCCGCCUCCCGCGGUCCACCGCUGCGUCCGUCUGCUUCUGGUAG